AUGGAUGAGUUUGACAGAGAUAUUGAUAAGGAGUUGGAAUUUAGUCAUAAAUCAACAAAGGGGAUCAAGGUUCACCGUACUUUUGAAAGUAUGAAACUCAAACCUGAACUAUUAAAAGGUAUUUAUGCAUACGGUUUUGAAGCCCCAUCGGCAAUCCAAUCCAGGGCAAUUAUGCAAAUUAUAGCUGGUCGGGAUACAAUUGCUCAAGCACAAUCAGGAACUGGUAAAACUGCUACAUUCUCAAUUGGUAUGUUGGAAGCCAUUGACUCGAAAUCGAAAGAUUGUCAGGCAUUAAUAUUAUCACCAACAAGAGAGUUGGCUAUUCAGAUUCAAAAUGUUGUACAGCAUCUUGGUGAUUAUAUGAAUAUUCAUACAUACGCUUGCAUAGGAGGUAAGAAUGUGGGAAUGGAUAUUAAAAAGCUACAACAAGGCCAACAAGUUGUUAGUGGAACUCCAGGUAGAGUAUUGGAUAUCAUUAGGCGAAGAAAUCUCUCCACAAGGCAUAUAAAGAUUUUGAUCCUAGAUGAGGCAGAUGAGCUAUUUACGAAAGGCUUCAAAGAACAGAUAUAUGAAAUCUACAAACAACUUCCAUAUGAUACGCAAGUUGUGGUAGUUAGUGCUACCUUACCACCAGAAGUUUUGGAGAUGACGAGCAAAUUCACCACCGACCCUGUGAAGAUUUUAGUCAAGCGAGACGAUGUAUCUUUAGUGGGUAUCAAACAGUACUAUGUGCAAUGUGAACAAGAAGAUUGGAAGUUUGAUACCUUGUGUGACCUUUACGACAACCUAACCAUCACACAAGCCGUCAUAUUCUGCAAUACAAAGAUGAAGGUUAAUUGGCUCACCGAUCAAAUGAGGAAACAAAACUUUGUAGUGCUGUCUAUGCACGGAGACAUGAAACAAGAUGAAAGGGACUCGAUUAUGAGUGACUUUAGAACAGGCAAUUCACGUGUUUUGAUUUCAACUGAUGUCUGGGCUAGAGGUAUCGAUGUGCAACAAAUAUCUUUAGUGAUAAACUAUGAUUUACCAAAUGACAAAGAAAAUUACAUUCACAGAAUAGGUCGAUCGGGAAGGUUUGGUAGAAAAGGUACAGCAAUAAACUUGAUAACCAGGGGUGACCUACCCACAAUGAGGGAGAUUGAAAGCUAUUACUCAACAAGGAUCAGGGAGAUGCCCAUGAACAUUAAUGAUGUUAUGUAA